UCACAAGCCUGUGGUAGUCACAAAAACUCAUCUCUCACGCUCUCUGAUUGGAGCUACAAUGACAAAAGUCUAUACCGAUGGACGAGUCCCACUCGGAAAAAGAUAGCAGAUAAGCAAGCCUUUUUCACUCUAUCCUGGGGUUUAUAAGCAUAACUUUCAGAACUCAAGUAUUGCAUCUUCCUCCAUGGAAACUGCACCCAAGCCUUAUUCCUUAGAAACCCCAGAAGCCGAGGUGGAAGAAAGCAUCAACUUUGACAAGUCUCUUCAGGAGCUAAGAGAGCUGAGGUCUCAGCUUCACCAUGCAGCAGAUUACUGUGAAACUGCGUUCUUGAAAGGCAAAGAGAAGACACAUGUGGUGGAGAACACCAAAGAGUACUUGUGCAGGGCUGUGGUUACUGUCAUAGAUCAUCUUGGAAACGUGUCUGCCAAUCUUGAAUGCCUUAUUUCUCAGACCGAUGCCUUUUCUGAGGCUGAAUUGCGCAUUAAUUCCCUCAAGCAAAGACUUCUUUCGUGCGAACAAUAUGCUGAUAAGCUUGCCCUUACCAAUAUGCAAUGGAGUGAGAAACUGCCACGUUUCCAUUCCCGUUACUUAUCAUCAACACCCACCCUUGACAAAUCAAGCAGUGAAAAAUCAAGUGAUUCUGAAGGUACGCUGCCUUGUGAAACAAAAACUAAGGAUGUAACGGAGACGAUGGAGCCACUUGUAGUAUGCCCUCAAAAAUCCUUGCAAGCUCAGAAUAAAAAGUCAGCCUCUGCUGCCAUGGUUCCUGUUCGAGAUGGUUUGUCAGUAUUGACAAAAGUUCCAAAUCCUACGUUUCAUUUCCAAUGUACCCAGAAAGUUGGACGCCCCAGAAAAUCAUUCCAUGGAAGCGACAUCUUAUGGCUCAUUCGGCGCACUAAACGUACGCAUUGAAUUUGAGAUGAUUAUGCUUCGCUUUCUAGUCUCUAGUGUUCGUGCCUGUUCAUCUUUCGUUAGUUUUUUUUUUUAAAUAUUUUAAUUUUACCAGUGUCUCUGGUCUCUCAUGUUCCUCUUGUAUGUGGUAGUUCAACUUCAAUUUUAUCUUUGCUAAAAAACUUAGCAUUAUCAGAGUAUAUGCUUUUAUGUUGAUCCACUUGUCAA